CGACACACAGACCGAUCGCCUCGCGCUUCCACGCGCCCGCACAUCGACGUCGCACGCGACAUAAACUAUUACACUUUCCUUCGAUACCAUCCCUAUAUCUAUCAAGCUGUUUUAACUCCACAAAUCCAAGAACUUCAUUAAUAGAUCAUCGAGACUGUCGGUCGUAAUCCUGUGUUGGCAAACUGUUUUGCGUCACCGUUAUCUGUAUUCAGGUCAAUUAAGGCGCGCUGAACCAUGACACUGCGUUGACAUUGGCGCGUUUAGUUUUUGUGUGGUGAAUGUGAAACUGGUGCGUUGUGGACUGUGAGCGUGCAGUGUGCUGCAUGGUCGCCUGAGGGUCCCGCCGCGCCCGCAGCGGAUGUGCACGCCGCUGCCGCCCUGGUGGUUCGUGCCGGCUGGAAUGCCAGCUGCUCUUGACCUAACUAGGUACAAGAGCGGGGUGCGCUCAGUGAGGGGCGGCGGCGGGGGCGGCGGCGGCGGCGGCGCGGAGGAGGCGCGGCGCGGCGGCCUCAAGGCGCUGCCCAAGCGCGCCCGCACUCGCUGUAGGGGCAUGAACAUGGGGCAAAAGCUGUCCGGCGGAGUCAAGUCGGUGUCGCGCGAGUGCACGGCGCCAUUCAAGGCGGUAGUUGCGCGCGAGCUGGCGCCCGAGCCGCCGCGGCCCGCGCGCCUCGACGCGUUGCUAGACGCGCCUCCCGCGCAUCCAGAGCUGCAGCUCAAACAUGCGUGGAACCCAGAUGACAGAUCACUAAACAUAUUCGUAAAAGAAGAGGACGCUCUAACGUUCCACCGGCACCCAGUGGCCCAAAGCACAGACUGCAUCCGAGGCCGGGUGGGGUACUCGCGCGGCCUGCACUGCUGGGAGGUGGUGUGGCCGGCUCGCCAGCGGGGGACGCACGCGGUGGUCGGCGUCGCCACUGCACACGCACCCUUACAUUCUGUCGGCUACCAGAGCCUAGUUGGCGCGACUGACCAGAGUUGGGGAUGGGAUUUGGGAAGAAAUAAGAUAUACCACAAUGUGAAAGGCACAGUCGGCAGCGGUACGACGUACCCGGCGCUGUUGCGGCCAGACGAACAGUUCUUAGUGCCGGACCGGUUGUUGGUGGUGCUCGACAUGGACGAAGGCACGCUGGCGUUCUGCGCCGACGGACGCUACCUCGGCGUGGCGGCGCGGGGGCUGCGCGGCAAGACGCUCUACCCCAUCGUGUCCGCCGUGUGGGGACAUGCAGAGAUCACCAUGAAGUACAUCGGAGGACUCGAUCCGGAGCCGCUGCCGCUGAUGGAGCUGUGCCGGCGCGUGAUCCGGCAGCGCGUGGGCAGGCCGCGCCUGCGCGCCGCCGCGUCGCGCCUGGCGCUGCCGCCCGCGCUCACCGCCUACCUGCUGUACCGCGCGCCCUAGCCGCCGCGCGCCAGCCCGCGCCCACGCGCCGCCCGCACCAACACUCCGCGCACGAACCCUAGCGCCAGCGACGCUUCCUGCGUGGACUCGUUUGGAGAUGUGCGUGCUCGUGUUGGUGUCGCCUGACGCGUACCUACGCUUACGAUACGCGCCGUGUGCGAAGGGCCUAACGUGCCACGAGUACCGACUGCAGAACGACAUACGAGUGGAUCAUGAACGAAUUUCUUUUGUGCUGCAAUGUGACGACACCCGCUGUAACGAGUCCUCACGGAUACUAGUCCCUUGUCUGCCCGAGUACUCGACCUUUACGGGUAGCGGUCAUUAACUUCCAUAUGCAUCAUACGAGGGGUACAAAUAAAUACACGAAGAAAAUUAAUGUCAAGCCUCCAUUAGAAUAUAUAUGCACGGUUUCGUCCGAUCUACGAGUGUAACACCAGAAGAUAGAACUCUAUAGAUGAACUCUGAAUUAAUUCUGACAUGUUAGCUUUUAGUGGCGAAGUGUCGCGGUGAGCGUCGAGUGAACAAACAGUAUAUACUUAUGUGCGGUUGCGGCGAAACUAAACCGAAUCUAACAAAGAACUUUAAGUCCAUCGCUACUCGAUGCCGAUCGCGAUAGCAGCACUCAAUACAUACAAAUGUAAUUUAUUAUAAGCACACACAAAAUCUGUAAUCUUUAGAUUUAGUUAAAAUUGUUUUGGCACCCCCCGCAACGAAUCCAGCGCGAAUACCCCUACUUUUAUUUUAACGUUAUCUGUGAUAAUUUUACUUUAAUGACAAAUUGAAAUCAGCAUACAUUUCUCUGAAUUCAAUGCAUUAUACUUUUCACAUUAAUAAAUUCGUUGGAUUUUUUAUUGGAACCUCAGUUAGUAGUGGUGACGGGUUUGUGAGCUGUGACUCAUUCUGUUCCGGGAAGCUUAUGGUGGGCGACCAUGGUAGUUCUGUUACCAACUAAAGUGGACAAUUAUUAUAUACGAUAAUAUUUAUAAGAUAGAUGUGGCAUUAAAUAAUGCCAAAACCUGUGUUAAUUAACAUUGUUCAACUUUAAUGCAAGCCACACGAAUAAAGCCAUAUUGAUCUCUUACGAGUACGUUCUCUGCUGGGAACACCUCUGUUCUCAGCAGAGAAUCGUAUUUGACUUGUUAUUAAAUAAUUUAGAAUGAACAACUGCAAAUUAUAAUAACUCACGAGCCUCGGCAAUUACUAAUAUAUGAUAGAGAUGUGAUUGUUGUUAUAACAAUAGCAUUACGGCGGGCCGUGUCGGUAGCGGCCCGUGCUAGGCCAGUGUAUCGUUGGCAAUCUAUUUUAUAGCUCAUUAAGCGACUGGUUUACUUUUAGUUUAAUGUUUUUAAUUCCUAUUGUAAAAAUGUGUGAGUGUGUAUUGUAUAUAUUAUACGACGCAUCGCAACCACAACAAAUGUGUCACCAGGAAUACUUAGCUGUAAUAUUUUGGAGCAAUUUUAUUUGAUUUAUAGGUUAUUUAGACUGCGUAUUUUGCGAAUCGUGUCUCCACUAUGUCUUAUUUUGCGACUAUUAGACUUAUAGGUGUAAUUCCAUGAAAUCAUGAAAAUAGUAUUUUUCAAAGCACUAUAAACAAUUUGUCAGCCAUUUUGAUCCAAUUAGUUGUAUCGUAACCUUUAUAAAAAUGUGUAAGUACUUCCAUUUUAAUAAGAUUUUUUCAUAUGUAGAUUGUACGGCAAGGUAGACAUCCCAAGUGGAGCUCACUUUUAUAUGAAGUUAAUAUUCACAUUUUAUCUCCGUCUUAUAUGAAUAUUGUACAUUUCACAGUAAAGUCGGUAUAUAUGCGCGGCGCGGCGUCGCGUUGCAUUUUAAUGUUAGUUGCAAGAGUUUUAUGUGAAUAUUGACAGGUGUGAGAAUGACUAUGAUAAACUGCCAAAUGCGAGGAGUGUGAAUGUGCCGCGGUGUUGUAUGUGAGUAGUUGUGCGGAUGCGAGGCCGCGCGAACUCCACGCGCGAGUCCACAGCGUACACACAUAUUUUUUCGUUGUGUAAGAGAAAUAUAAUCAUGAUAAUAUAAAAUACACCAAGCUCGAUGUAUUGUUGAGUCUUUUAUGGUAAACCUCUAGAAAGGACCAACACUUUCCUAUUUGAACACCCGAUUUGAAUUGUUUUAUGUGGAUAAUGUUAUUACUCUGUCUCCCGCUUCUAUCUACAUCCUCAACGUAAGGGGUUUACUGCAAAAGAUUAGUAUAAUUAUUAGCAACAAAUAACCAUGUGAAUUCUAUGAAUCGUCAAAUUUAGUCCUGUAUAUAUUAAAGUUUAUCAUUUUUGCGGUGUUUAAUGACUUUAUUGUAAGUGGAAAUGCAUUUUAGUUUUAUAAGUUGUAGGCAAUAUUUUUAAAAGGUCAUUUCUAACGGAUAACUGCAAUUGACAGUCGAAUCUCUUAGAUACAAUGAUUAAAAAAAAUAGGAAAAACGAUUGGAAUAAUAAAUAUGGUUAAGAAAAUAAUAAAUGAUAUAAAUUAAA